GCGGAGCCGGCGCUCUAGCCCGUGAAGUUGACUUGCUCCUCUCGCCUGCCCCAGGAAAGACCCCCAGCGUAGUUGUACCCGACGCGGGAUAGGGAUUCCGGAAGUUUGGGCUCCUUAGUCACAGAGGCACAAGCCCUCGACCACCCGUCUGUCAUGGACCUCGCCCGCACAUCCUCUAGCUUUCAGUCGGACUUGGAUUUCUGUCCGGAUUGCGGCUCGGUCCUGCCUCUGCCCGGGACUCAGGAUGCGGUCAUUUGUACUCGCUGUGGCUUCUCCAUCAACGUGCGGGACUUUGAGGGGAAGGUUGUGAAGACCUCAGUUGUGUUCCAGAAAGUGGGGACAGCCAUGCCUAUGUCGAUGGAGGAAGGACCUGAGUUCCAGGGACCCGUGGUUGACAGGCGCUGUCCUCGUUGUGGUCAUGAGGGAAUGGCAUACCACACCAGACAGAUGCGCUCAGCCGAUGAAGGGCAGACUGUCUUCUACACCUGUACCAACUGCAAGUUCCAGGAGAAAGAAGACUCUUGACUUUUUUUUUUUUUUUGAACGACUUAACAGUCCCUCCUUCUCCUCUUCCUUGGAAAGUGAAGAAUGUUGGAUUCUUAGAUCCUCUGUCCAUUUCCUGACUGCAGUGUUUUUCUCCCAGAGGAAAAGCAGAUCAUCACAUGGGGAUUACUGUUGUCCCAGAGUGCUCCUACCCCAGUUGUUUCUUUAUUAAAAUAAUAUUUUUCUAUUAAGAGCCAGACA